AUGCCUUCGCGUCUGGCCGCGCCUGUCCUCACAGUGGAUGCCGGCAAAAUGCACAAGGUGGACCCCCGGAAUGUGGAGAGCCUGUUUGGAAUGUGGACUGUCUUCUCCAAAUGCGCAGAAUCAAUUGAAGGAGGGAAGCGACUAGAAAAUCUUAGUUGGCGUUUAUGGAACCGAGAAACCCUUUGUUGCGAAGCUCAACCGCAAUAUUCUAUCACACCCGCCAUUGAUGUAUCUCGUCAACGCCCAAGCCAGAAAGAAGUCCCUGCCCUGUCAUCUAGUGUCGACUCUGCCGAUUCUGAUGAGCCAUCCGAGCAAGAAACUUGCUCGGGCCAGUCGCCACUGAGCGACGACUCUGCAUUGAGCCGAAGUAGAGGCAAAGAAAAGCACCUUACGUCGCUUGAAUUGGAGAAAAUGGUCUUCAACAUUAAAGAACAGACCGAACUCGAACCUCUUUCGCCUUCAGUGGCGGCAAAUUGUCCUGUAACGGCAAGCGAGACGCAUAAACCCUCCUCACCAUCACCUCAGGUCGAACCGAUGCACCCCGAGCCCUCCGCUUCUCUGCACAACUCCUCUGAUUCCUGUUACUCCGCUGCCAUCGGCCAGAGCUCACGCCACGGUGAUCAUCGCGAUUCUGACACCAGCGUAUCCUCUGGCAGCAUCAUCAAAUCCGGCAGUAUUGUUCAUGGCUUUGCCCCAUCGCUCUUUUCAAGUUCCUACCGAGCACGAAUGAGCCCAGACUCCACCACCCUAAUACCGAAUGACUCGUCGUCAAAGCCAGAGGUGUGCAAGAAGAAGGCGGGUGGCAUGUUCACGCUUGGCGGCUCUUCUGGUGAUGAUGAGAGCUCAUUUGAAGACAGAAUGUGCAAACAGCCGCAACUCAGCUCGUUAUCCGAUCGAUUAAAGUACCCAGAGGCUGUUUCGAGACCGAGCUCGUUCAGAGCUGCUCUGCAAUCCGGACAAAUACGGACUAUCAAAGAGGGCCAAGAUGAAGAUGAAGGUGCAAUCGAAAGUGACGAUGAGGAGAUGGACGAAAGUGCCAUAGAGGAAGAGGAAGACUCUGACUGGGAGGACUCUGUCACAGAAAGCGGUCUAUCGAGCGUGCCUGAGGAAAAGCCCGUGUUCAAACGGGUUGAUUCUCGUGCUAAUCUUGUCUCACGAAAGUCUCUGUUGACUCGAGGUCUGCAUGAGCCACAGCGCGCAGCAGCUAUGGCUGAGGCAGCAAUGAAGUCCUCUGCUGCACUUCGUCGAUCUCGAACUUCGUCACCCCAUGGCCCAUCCGUGCUUGCCUCACCAACCACUACAGCUGAAAGCGGUAACGCCGGACUUGGCGUGGACGUCAUACGGUCUAAGCCUAUCAUAUGCACCACUUCCAACACUCACCUCCCAGCGCAUUCCCCCCGUACAACGCGCAGAAAUAUGCUAGCUACGGAGCUUACCGAGUCCCUAAGAAGGCACCUGCUGUGGGAGCGUCAGCAGAAGAGUACAACGGCCAAUGCCGUCUACAAGCGCCGUCAUACUGCUCACAAUGAAAUGGCCAACCUACAAGACUUUCCUGGGCCGAAGGUUGUGCAACCGCUCAAAGAAGUUUCAAAGAACAAUUCCUGGAAUCAUUACUUCGACUACGGCCCCUGGGAAUACCAUACCAAGGGAUGGUGA